AUGCCGCCGAAAGGGGGGAACGCGAAGAAGGAAUCUGGGCGAGCGAAGAAAGCCGAGAACGAGGCCAAGAAGAACGCGGCAGCGGAGGCAGAGAAAGCACGCAAAGAGGUUGAUAAGUGGAGCGAAGGGGCGAAGAGCAGUAAGUCUAAGGAAGAGAAAGAAGAGAAACGCAGAGCGGAGCUUGCGCGCAAGGCCGAGGCUGCGCGUCUGCUAGCCGAUGAGGAGGCAGCAAUACCGCCGAAGGUGAAAACGCCGAAAGCGGGUGCAAAGAAGGCUAAGCCCUCAAAGCCUGCUGGCCCGGGGGCGAUCGCAGCCGGCGGAGGUCUUGAAGCUGUUUCCGUCGCCGAGAAAGAGAUGGAGAGUGAUGGGCAUAGGGAAGAGCCAGAGACAUUCAGCGCCACUGGCAUCGACAAUGCCAUCGAUCUUCUUGAGGUUGUCACCGCUAAGAUGGACAAGGCGAGUGUAGGACAGCAGGCGGCCGGUAUCGAGAGACAUCCAGAGCGGCGGUUCAAGGCAGCAUUCGAGGCUUACAAAGAACUUGAAAUGCCUAAUGUCAGAGCGGAUCACCCAGGUCUGCGACUGCAACAGUACCAGGAUAUCCUGUACAAACAAUUCCAGAAAUCACCGGAGAAUCCGUUCAACCAAACCACCAUCUCGUACGACGCCACAAAGGAAGAGAAGGUGGAUGCGCUGAAGAGCAAGAAUGCAGCUAUUGCAGAUCGACUCAGGGAAAAAUCCUGA